AAAACAAACCGCCUAAAAUUUUCUCUCUCUAGAAAAUUUCUUCCUUCUCGAAUUGAAAUUUUGGAUCGCCGAUCAAUUAUGUAGCUCGGCUUUCUUCUUCUUCUUCCUCAGCUCUCAUUUUCUCGGGAGAAUUUGGAUUCUUAUUUUCUCAUUUUCUCGGAAAAUUUGGGUUUCACAGAGAGAAAUGGAGGAAGCGGUGUUGGAUCUGGUGGAGUUCUUCACGAACCCUACGAUCACCGAAACAUUUGUCGACAUUUUGCUCUGCGCAGUUCCGAUAUGGCUGGCCGUGAUGAUCGGCCUCGUGAUCGGAUGGUCCUGGAGGCCGAGGUGGACCGGUUUGAUCUUUCUCGGUCUGAGAAGCAAAUUCCGGUCGUUCGUCUGGACCGCGCCGCCGGGGUUCGGCGCUCGCCGCCUCUGGCUCGCGUUCACGGCGUUCUCGGCUCUCUCCAUUUGCCGUACGAUUUGGUCCAAGGGGAGGAGCAAAGCGGCUUCGUCGUCGCUGGCGACGUCGGGUUCGGCGGCUUCUGGUUCCGUUUCUGCGGCGAGUCGUUCAGCUGAGAGCGGCGGCGACAUUGUUGAACCAGGUGAUAAAGAUGCACAUAGAUUGCAGGACGUUGUCACAGAAGCUGAUUUGGACCACCUAGUGAAUUUAAUCAGAGGGAGAGAUGGAGAAUUGGAAUGGCAAAGUUUGAUGGAGAAAACCACCCCAACCAUGGCAUAUAAAGCAUGGCGCCAUGACCCUGAGACAGGUCCUACUGUUUACUGUAGUAGAACUGUCUUUGAGGAAGCAACUCCAGAGUUGGUUAGAGAUUUCUUUUGGGAUGAUGAGUUUCGACCUAAAUGGGAUCCUAUGCUUGCAUAUUGUAAAAUAUUGGAGGAAUGCCGGGAUACUGGAACUAUGAUUGUUCACUGGAUUAAAAAGUUCCCUUUCUUCUGCAGUGAUCGAGAAUAUAUAAUUGGUCGAAGAAUAUGGGAGGCUGGAAAAACUUAUUCUUGUGUGACAAAGGGUGUUCCAUAUCCGGGUUUGCCUAAGCGUGAUAAGCCUAGACGCGUGGAACAUUAUUUCUCUAGUUGGAUUAUCAAGCCUGCGGAGUCACGAAAGGGAGAUGGACAAUUAUCUGCUUGUGAGGUUACCCUUGUCCAUUAUGAAGACAUGGGAAUCCCCAAAGAUGUGGCUAAGUUGGGCGUCCGUCAUGGGAUGUGGUGCACUGUCAAAAAAUUACACUCUGGCAUGAGAGGGUACCAGAAUGCAAGGAAAUCUUCCGAGUCUUGUCUAUCACAAUGUGCCCGUAUGGCGGGAAUCACCACAAAGAUAUCUUCCGAAGGAAGCACAAAUUAUUGGCAGGUAGCACCGGGUGAAGAAGAGAAAAAUCGAGCAGGGAGCAAUGAGAGACAGAAUAAUAAUAAUGGCAUUGAUUGGAAAUGGAUAGUAUUAGGGGGCACUGUGGCUCUGGUUUGUGGACUUCAUACCGGUGUAGUAGGAAAAUCAUUGUUACUCGGAGCAGGGCAGGGAAUUGCCCGAAGGAGAUGACUCUUUGAAGAGUUAUAUUAGUCUUCUAUGUCGACUUCAACUCUGUAUCUGCUAUUAUUUCUGCAGUUGUAUUGGCACACAACGAGACAUCAAUUGUUACAAAUUAUGGUAAAUUGUAUGGGUGAAGUUUUGUAUUGGCUUCAAGCCUUCAACAAAUGCUUCUGAAAUGGAUGAGCCGGCCUUAUAUAUCUAGAAUUAUGAUGUUUUGUAUUAAAGGAUUAAAGGGAAAAGGCGAAGAUGGUACAUUUGCUGGUGUUAUUUGAAUAUUGGAAUCCCACUUUGAAAUUUCUUUUUCUAA